AUGAGUAAAAUGUCCAUAACAUGAAUGGCUGAUGAGUGUUAUUCACAAUCAUUAGAUAUCGGAUCUUCAAUUGUUCUCAUUACUGGUGGUUCAAGUGGUAUUAGUUUUGAUCUUGCACAAUGUUUUAUUCAAGCAGGUACUAGUGUUAUAAUAACAGGUCGUCCUGAACAACGAUUAAAAGAAGCUGCUGAUGAAUUAAAUUGA